GCACAGAGCGAUGAAUUCUCUCUGAGCUCCACAGUCCGUCUCAGCAGACCAACAGCUGCGCCCAGGUGUGCUGCGUUAACUGACGAGGUGCACUGCUCAGCGAGGAGGAGCACCUGGUGUGGAGGGAGGUGCUGAGAAACCCCUCAGACUGGAUUGAUUUAAAGCUCUGUGACAUUUACUGACGGGGCUCCAUCAUGGUGAGGCCUGGUGCACUGCUCCUCCUGCUGGCAGUUGCUGCCAGCCAGUUCGACCUCUAUCUGUCCCAAGAACCCAUCACCGGUCCGACAACUGUGGAUAUAAGCGAAUGUAAAGUCAAAAUUUAUGGAGAAGAAUACUCAAAGGCCGACGUGUCCUAUGUAGAUGGGUCUGUCACAGUUUGCUUCAAAAAGGAGGGUGAAACUGCUUCAUCUGUCUGUGUGUCAUUGGAAGAUGGAGGGGGUUCAGACACACUGAAGGCGUUGAUAACAGAAGAAGAAACUAGCAAAGAAAUUACCGACGAAAUGUCACAGUUCACGACCACCUCAGCUUGCAAUAUUGGACUGCAAUUCUCAAAUGGAGACACAUCAAUUUUUGAAUGGAGAUUCUACAACUUCGGCCAGCAAACAGCUCUGAGAAUUAAGUCAAACGCAGACAGACCGGAUAAUUUUAAAAUUACUGCAACGGUCGAUGAGUCAACAAUGGGCACGUUAGACCUUACUAACGAAGAAGUGAAAAGCAGUGCUUAUAUGGACUUGAGUGGAUGCAGACAUGAUGAUAACGCCAAUCUACCUGGUGCAGUGUUGGAUCUCAGUCCAGCAACCUGCCACUCGACAAUAUGUGAUAAAUCUGCAAACAUCGUGGAUGUCUCUUCAUGUUUAGAAGGGGAGGUCUGCAAGGGCAACGACAGAUGUGUGCCAUCCAAGGUUGUGUGCACUGUGACCGGCUCCUCUGUCAUUGAUUUCUUCAACCGCGAACACCAUAUUGGGAAUCGGUGCGCAUACACUCUACUGGCGCCUCAAGAAGGUUCGGAUUUUGAGCUGGUGGCCGUUUUCAAGGAGCGACGUCGUACAGAUGUGGCAUUCUUGGACCACUUGGUACUAUCACAUAGUGGGCAAAAAAUGCACGUGGAACAAGGUGGAAGAGUUCGGGUUGAUGACGAAAUACUCGAGCUUGGCCCAGAGUUUGAGACGCAUCAUGGUGUGGAGCUCUUCAAGGACCUCUAUGGAGUUACUUUUAAGAUACCUUCUUCCACCGACAUGGAAGUUGUCUUUGAUGGCAACAGCGCACAUAUUAUAGUUCCUGAGUCUGAAGCUAUCCUGGGCUUGUGUGGCAACCCCGCCGAUCCCGAGCAGACCACCUCCGCGAGUGAUCAGAAGUCAGACGAAAGUGCAGACAGGCACGACUUAGUCUUAACAUGA